AUAGACACGAACAGUUGUUUUUUCAAUGAGUUCCAAUGCAAUUAUAGUUAAAGGAAGAUAUCGCUUUUUACUGAUGCAGUUUUGAAUAAAAACCCACCCGUGUUACAAUGGAGACCGGAGAUGAUAUCAAGACAGCAUCGGCAAAGAACAAGACGAACAAAGUUGAACAUGAUGAAGACAGUUUAAAAAAUAAAUUGAAUGAAUACGGAUUAGAUGGCGAUUUCUGGAAUGAACAGUUAGGUAAAAUAGGAGUCACAAAAUGUGUACAACUCAAAUAUGCAAGUGAAAAAAACAUACAUGACCUCCAAGGUAAAAGUAGAAACGAUUGGGAGAAAAGGGCGUUAGCCGAAUGCUUUAAAGUAAAGGAAGUCGAAAGUAGUCCUGCUGACAAUAAAAAAAACUUCGAAAAAAACAUUAAAAGCGUCCAAGACAAAAUGGCCAAAUUGAAAGACAGAAUUGAUGAAAAGGAGAGAAUGAGCAGAUUUGACACAAGAUUUAAUGAAGCUCUGAGUCACAAGGAACUGCACAAAGGUCUAGCCAACUGGAACACUAUGGGCAAUGAAUUAGCUGAAAGAAAAGAGCUGAACGAGUUGGAUUUUGUUAGACAAGUAUCAUCUGGAAAAAUUUUACGUGGUUCCUUACUUGAUCCUAAUAUGAAAAUCUGUGUAAUGCCUAGAAGAAAGCUAAUCACUAUUCACCAGGAUCCUAUAUCCUUGAUGCUCCCAUCAACAUCAGAAAAAUAUACGUCAUUCGAAUUUUUCAACCAAGACCAAUCACAGACUUUUGACCACGUUAUCAAACAUUGGGGUAUAAGUGCAGCAGCUUCGUUAGAAACAGGAACGGUGAAAAUUGCUUCCGUUAGUAUAGAUGGUCGAUAUAACAAUACAUCUAAUAUAAAGAAAACAAAUAAUACUUUGAAUGCCUUUACCGAAGUCAAAGAAGUGGUAGUCGUUAAAGUAGCUUCAUUUUCUCUACAAGAUGUCAAACACUCUAUAUCUGAUGAAGCUAUUGAAGAAUUACAGAUUCUGGAAAAAAAGAAUAAAGAAACAGACCGAUACAUACCCUUUUUUGACAAUUUUGGUUCUCAUUAUUAUGCUGGUACCUACAAGUUUGGCGGGAUUUUGGAAAGGUCGGUACAAUGUCGCAGUAAAGAAUCGAUGGAUCAAACGGUUACUCUAAAAUUAGUCAACAAAAGUGUACAAGGUUCUUUGUCAGCAAUGCUUUGGAGUUGUUCCGCCUCCGCAUCAGUUGCGUAUGAGGAUUCCAAUGAUAGCUCUGAAGGAAAGUAUAAAAAACACGAGGAUUAUAAAGUUGAUAAAAUUCUUACCAAGAUAGGGGGACCACCAGAAGUGGACGGAAUUUCUCGCUGGAAACUAGGACUGGUACGAUCAAAUAAAACAUGGGCAAUAAUUGAUAAAGAUGACUUUACAAAAAAAUGGAGAUGUGUUUGGGAUUUGCUGACUGAUGACUAUAAAGAUAAAUUUGAUAACAUUAUCACGCUUCGAUCUAAUCUACAAGCUGUAUGGGAUAAUAUACAGUCGAAAUUCGAUAAGCCGAAGUCGGAGGAACCGAUUCAAAGUUCGACUUAUCCGAGGUCGUCAAAGACACGACAUUAGAUUGUUUAAACAAGAUAUUUUGAACAGUGUGCCUUUUUUUUCAUAUGAGUGUUUAUUAAAUCUCCAUAAUUUUUGGUUACUCAUAUCCGAUAAAAGAAGAAGAAAUACUUAAUGGACAUUUUUUGCACAUAACACCUUUAAAAAACUCUAUUUACUUACGUCUUUAACAAUCAAAAGCAGUUGAAAUUAACCUAAUAUUUGAAAUAUUAUAUAUAUUAAUACUUAAUUGCAUAUAGAUGUUUUACAAAUAAAACUGUUUUCCGAAAAAACAAUAAGAAUUUUGAACAUUUAAAUUUUUUUUUAAAUUAGAACAAAUAGCCAUAAUUGUAAUCGUUCUAAUUUAGAUUUAAUAAGAGAAGUUCAACCAUGAAGAUAAAAACAAUACAAGGUAAAAAAAUUAAGGCAACAUUUUUGUUUUGUUAUAUAAUAAAGUAAUA